AGCUUUUCUCGGUAUAGAUCAAGAUCGAGGGAUCGAGGGAUCGAGGACGGAUCGUCGGAUCGUCGGACGGCGUAGCGCAUCGAGGCGGGAGCGGCACUGUCGUGUCGUUCGUAGCGUUGCUAGCGGAAUGGAGAGCGUUCCGUAGAGUGGAUCGGAGUGUUCCGUUGCGUUGAGAAGGGGGGAGGACUCGCGCGCCUGGCUCGCUGCUGCGUUUAGUGGUGGGUGCUGUGGCCCGUGUGUGCCAGCAAACUUACUGGUUGGCAGUUGGCUCACCGAUCACUCGCCUAACCCUAGCUCGCUAGAGCGCCUACCGAAAAUCAGUGAUCCCCACCGGAGUGGAUGGAGUCCGGAGUCACAGUCGGUUCAGUACGCGCUCAACCGUGAUCACAGCAGCAGCGGUAAUACCGCGCGGCUUACCCGCGACAACUACACAACGCCGACAAUUUAAUUAUUUCUGUUUUUUUUUUUUUUUUUCUCUUUACGUUCGACAUUUUGUCACUAUAAUUUUUAUACUUGCUGCAAUUUUAUACUAUUGCCAAGUACGUAGUGCGUCGGCCCCCCCACCCCCCUCCUCUUCUGUGACACUGCAUCGGAAUUUGUUUACAUCGGUAUUAUAAAGUAUCGCAAUAAACAACAAUUGCAACAAAAACUUGGUGUUACAACCAUUUCAUUUCAACGCAGAGGAAGACGAAAAAUUGAUUUGAAAUUUCACGCUUUCCUCUAUUAUUUUUUUUUUUUUUGUUUUUUUUUUCUCCUAUCAGUCGACGACAGUAUCAACUUUUUGGAUCAACUGGGAUUUUUUUUUUCACGUUCGAUCCUACGAUCGACGACAGUUUCAGCAACGGUGAUAGAUUGUUGUCUAUGCACGAAUAAUUACUUUGCGGUCAAGUGUAUGUUUGGUGAUUCUUUCUACCGAUCGAUUAUUCGUUUGCUCUAUCAACUUCUUCAGUGAAUAUUGAUUUUUUUUUUUUUGGUUUUGAUUCGAUUUCGAUAUCAUCGGUGAUUAAGAGAAGAUCAAGUGCAAAUGUGAACGAUCAGGAUAUUCGUUUUUCCCUCUGCGACGUCUCCUAUAUCAAAGUGGCAUAGUGAGGAUCUUGGAUUUUUUCUGAUCAUCAUGACGGAGGAGCGAUGCACUUUGGAAGUGUUCACAACGAUCGAGUAUCACCAAAACUUCUAUUCGAUGAAAGAAAUCACGUGUAACGAUUGAACGUAUUCGCAACAUUACACUAAUGAACAUCGUUCACUGAUUGAACUGCGUACAAUUGACCAGUAACUGAUCCUCGAGCUUUCGAAGACCUUGGGAAAACUGAGAUCUGAUGAGACUAUCUGCCCAAAAGGGGGGUCGAAAUUUCAUUAACCGGAUUAUUAUUGAUUUUUCAAAUCGAUGAGGAACUUGUAAGUUUUUUAUAUAGCAACGGCGGCAAUAAACCUACUCGAUUCUGUUGAAACUCGAGAGUUAAGUUUUUCAAGUCCUGUGAGUGGAUUCGAUGAGCGGAUAUGAGCGGAUUUCGAUUAUCGGGAAGAUAAUCGAAAAGUUGAAUUGCCCCCUGUGAUUGUGUGCUACUGAUAAUUGAGGUGCAAAAUAGUUACGAAAUAUAAAUACAAAAAAAGAAAUUGAAAAAAAUAAAAUAAAGUAAAAUUAAAAAGUAUUACUGUACGCGCGUGCGUUAACUUUCGGAGCAGAAGUGCAUCGCGUGCGAAUAGCGAUAAACGAAUCCGACAGAAGACGAAGAACCGUACGAAGAAGAGGGCGGUUCAAAUUCAAGUCUUCGCCGAUCGAUUUUUGGAUUUUUUUCCUGAUAUUUCGUCAAACUCUGCGUCGAGCAAAGUCCGAGUGCGAUAUUGAGCCAUCGAUCACCAACUUUUCGGAAUAACGCCGUGUGAAAAUCGCGUGUGAAAGGGGAAGGGAGACGGCGAAGGGUGUACGUCUUCGAUGUGCGGUUUUUGAAAGCAGCUUGGAGGCCAGCCCGACGCAAUGCGUCGACGCUGCUGACGUAACGCGCCUGGAUGCGUCUCACUCUAAGCACGUUACCACAGCUUGCCGUCUUAGCGAAGAUUUUGUGCCUCCUGAUGGUGGUGAUGUGCGGGGCGGUGCCGGCGAUGGUGCGCUCCGUGAGUCUCUACUCGACCUGCAGCAGCGGCAACGUCACUGUCCACGACCGGUACGUCAUGGCGGUUGGACGAAGCGAAAAAAAUGCAGCCUACCAAAAGCUGUCUACACAGUCCGACGACUUCAGCGGGAAGCUGUACAUCUUUGCAGAGGAAAGCGAGCGAUACAUAUGUUUCAACAAACGAUGGAAGCUGGUUGGCUUGCCAAAGAAACGAAAAGGACCGAUGUGUCAGUUCUACGAGGAGUACAACGGUUCUUAUCUAAGGUACAGAAGUGCGGUAGACGGUUCUCACUACCUCGGUUUCAACAAGCGGGGUAUGCCAUUGAAGGACGCUCAGGGUAGAGAACAGUGUCUGAACUUUAUCAAGUACAACCCUCACUUCAAUAUUAACCACCACAACAUUCUCGUGGCCUCGAACAUCGGCGGUGAACUACGAAAACCCGCGAUGCAGAGGACGCCCAAAAAGUACCGGACGUCAGAAAGAGGCGUCGGCUGGUCAGCGGGCGGCGGCGGAGGGGGAGGAAGGGGAGGAAGCGAACCGCAUCAUCACCACCGACAUAACCGCGGUAAAAUGCACGAGCAGCCUAUACCACGAAGACGACUUUCGCUGGGACGUCCGAUGCACGAAGCGAAGAAGUACUGAAGAAUGAAAGGGAGCUCCUGAAGACUGUCGCGCGACCCUCGCCGGGAUUGUCGAGCUUGAAAAAGAAAAGAAAGGAAUAUAUAUAUAAGAGAAGAGAGACUCAUCUCUUCAUUCGCGCACGGCCUAACCGCCCGUGCCUGUUAUAAGAAAAAUUAAUAAAUAACAUUAAUAAUGUGUACGCUCCGCGAGCUAAUGCAGUCGCUGCAAAUUCAAAAGUAGUAUCCGCGCCGCCGCAGAAUUCAGACUGCUGACUGAUGAUUUUCUCAUUUUUGUUUUUUUUAUUAUUAUUCCGUUUGUUUAUCGAUUAUUAUUUUCAUGCAUAACUGAUGGCCGAUUUGCGCUCUUGAAUUUUCGCAAAUACACGCUGCAGUGUGUCAUAAUAAUACCUCGUGCAGCUUUAAUAAUCGUAUGUACCGCGUGCCGAGAUGGCGAAUAUGAAAAUAAUUAAACAAAUGAAUAAAUAAAUAAAUAAAUAAAUAAAUGAAUGAACGAAUGAAUGUAUAAACAAAUAAUGAUGAUGAUGAUGAUGAUGAUGAUGAUGGAAAUCGUAAUGAUACGGAGUAAUAAUGUAGCAAUUAUUAUUUUAAUGACGAUUAUUAUUAACAGUCUCGCGUCACACGUAAUGUCUGUGUGUGUGUGUUGUAAAAUAAAUUAAGUUUUUCAAAUAACUUAAGAUUAUUUAGGUUUUGAAAAAACGAUAGAACUACCCCCGAAGUAUUUUGUUUUCUCUAAUUUUUGCGACCGAUUAAACAAUCUUGUAUCUUCUUUCGAUUUUUUCACUUCGCACAUCGCAUUGGCAUACCAUGAAAUGAAAAGUAUCUUCAGAAACGAUGGAUACGAACGAACGACAAGUGGAACAAAAAUCACUAAAACAAUCAAAACGAAACGAAAACUAACCGAUAUUAGAAUGAAACGAGAAUAAUUUGAAAAAAGAUAAAGCAAUGCAAAAAAUAAUUACAAAAAAUGAAGUGUGAGAAAGAGAUAUAAGAAAAAGAGAAACGAUAUGUAUUUGUAUGCUGAUGGUGAAUGCCGUGUUUGUUAUUAUGUUGUGUCAUAUAUGGAGAGCAAGUGCGUGUAAAAUAUUACGUAUAUUAAUGAAAUUUAAUUGUUAGAAUGCUGCUGCAGACUGUAUUACUAGGUUAUAGGUACGUUAUGUAAUAUUUUUACGCGGUGGCGACUCGAUCAACAAUAAAUAACCACAGUCCCUGCCUUCUUCAGUGAGGAUGCGAUGAUCGUUAUAUGCAACAUCCUAAGAUUAAGUCGAACUUUAUCAUCAUUAUAUUCUCUUUUCAUUUUGUUUCAAUUUUUUUUUUUUUCUACCAUUUCUGUAGAGAACGCGGGGAUUUCAGAGUGGCCGAGUAUUAUUGAGAGUAAAAAAGUAACGCAUAUAACUUUACAUAAAAACGAAUAUAUAUAGAUAUAUGUAAUUCAUGUAACAGAUAUUUCGCGUAUAGUCGUUACGCAACAAGCGUUUUCAACGCCCAUAAUGAAACGCUCCCCUAGGUAGCUUAUUUAUUGAAAUCAUGUUUAGAUUUUACUUUACAGAUAUCCCCUUUCUCUUCCCUCUCGUACUAUGUAUAAAAGUAGAUUGUUGCUCUCUCUUUUUCACCAGCACUUUCUUUCAGUUUUCCAUUUUUUUCUUCAAAUUUUCAAAAUGUUUCCCCAUCAAUACUCCCUUCCCCCCAUCUCAUAAUCGUAGAUGUCAUGUAUAUUUGUACCUCGGCAACCCUCUCCACACGGCAUCUAUCCUUUCAUUUUGUUUCUGAUAUUUUUUUUCCCCCUCAUUCUUCAUUUGUAUAAGUUAAAGCACCAACGUCCAUAAUUUAAUUUCAAAUUAUUCAAACAAAAAUAUUUGCAAAAAAAAAAACGUUAUAUUCAUCGGGAUUCUCUCAACUCUUUAUUUUUUUCUUUUCUUUUUUUUUUUUGUUCUCUGCCUUUGGUUUUGUAUUUUCAUUUCUUUACUGAUAUAUUAGACACGAUUUUCCUUUUGGUUUUUGUACAAAACUGAGAAUACUCAAUAAAAUACCUAAUUCAUUUUGUACCGGAAAAAAAAAACGAUAAAGGCGCGAGUUAAUGAAGUAAAGUGAGCGUCGAGGGCUUGGGACACGCGGUGUUUGUAUGUGUAUUGCUGGAAACUAGAAUUACUAUGAAAAUGAAAAUACAUAGCAAAAUAAGCUCCGUUGUUCUCGAACUGGCGAUUAUCUCUCUUUUUAUUCCUACCGUUGAAAAAAUAUCAAUGAAACAGAGAAAUCAGAAAAGAACAAGGUGAAAACUAGAUGUUCAGCGAUAGGGGUAGAAAGACAAACGAAUUUGUACGUCGCCAAUUCGAAGAUCGGCUAUACUUGAUGCAAGAUAUAUGCUGUUGAGCUGCAAUAAUCAAUGUCGCGCGCUAAAAAUACAGCUGACCAUAAAGAAAAUAAAUAAUUAAACAAAAAGCAAAAGAAAAGAAAGAAAAAGAAAAAAAAAAAAAACGUAAAUCCGACGCUUAUAAUUUAAUGAAUUUAAUAACAGACAACUAAUAUAACGUGUAAUGUAUUGUAUUGUAAUAUGGUAUUGUAACGCCACAUUUAAGAAAUUAAUCCCCUUCCCCAUACCCGCCUUCCCGCUACCCACCCCCAACCCUUCCUCCCCUCAACGUUUGUAAAUGUAUGCAUAAUCUCACACUCACCCAGUAGGCUUUUUUAAGAGCGAAACUUCGUGACACGGCGACGUUUUUUCUUCCUUUCUAAAUUCGAUUCAUCUGGAAAAUAGAAAAAAAAAAAAUCUAUUCAAAAGUAGAAAAAGAAAAAAGAAUUAAAAUCAAAGUAGACAACUGCAAGUGGUUAAAAAACUGACCGUCUCUCGAUACUUCGCUCGAUUAGUAAAACACGAAACAAAAAAUGUAUCAUUAAUUUUUUUUCAAUUUUUUUUUAUCAGUUUUGUCACGAUCAAAAAAUCAGCGAUAUUUAGAAAUGGAAAACAAAAGAACCUAUGAAUCUGACUACAUUAGAUAGAUAGUACCCUAUACAUAAUGAAUAAAUAAAUGAAUAAAAUUAAAAUUAAAAUAAAAUUAAAAGUAUAAAUAUUAUAUAUAAAAUAAAAUACUAUAUGAAAGAUGUGUAUUGUAAGAUAUUUAAAUACUGACAUGGGCGCACUUGAUAAUAACAAAAAAAAAAAACGAGUAAAAAAAAAAUGGAGGAAAAGAACAAAAAAAGCAAAAAGAAAUUGAUUAAAAAAUAAAAGAUGAAGCAAUAACUUAUAUUCACUUCGUAUGCACCACUACUCUAUAACGCGAAUAGAUCAAGUCAUACGUUGUGAACGUUUGCUCGUUGGAGACGCGCUAGUUUGAACCGCACCUAUGCAUUAUUCGCGUAGCCAAAAUUUAGUAAGAUUCCUCACAUUAGGAGCGCGAUAUUUCGAUCAUCACCAGCCUCUGACGAGCAACGCGUUCACAUUUGACGAGAGGAGUCGUGACACGUUUCGGUUCUCAGGUGAGGAUUACUGCAAUUAUUGUACGUGGGAGAAACCGAUGCAGGUUAUUUUUUACUCGAUCCUCAAAAGGAGAGAACAGCAAAAAAAGUGAAAUUAAUCGAAAAUCGUGCAAGUCUUGCCUGAUAACGAAUUGGCGCGAUUUCUCUCGAAUCAGCUAUAGCAAUAACAAUAAUAUAACAUUCCAACACGAAGCGCGUGCGUGUGUUGUGUGUUGUGUGUGCCACUAUACACGAGAGAAAUUUAAGAAAAAAAAAAAACAAAGAAAGAAAAAAAAAAUAUAUUAAAAAAUAAAUCAAACGAAAACGAAUCACUGUCAAAUACACGCUCAUACACUGCUAUA